AUGUGUCCCACGGCCGCUCCCGCACCCAGGUGGCUGCUCCUCGCGCUGUGCGCGCUGCUGUCACUGUGGCCGGCAGCCAGAGCCUGGGAGCUCACGAUCCUGCACACCAACGAUGUGCACAGCCGGCUGGAGCAGACCAGUGAGGACUCCACCAAGUGCCUCAACGCUAGCCAGUGCGUCGGCGGCGUGGCAAGGCUCUACACCAAGGUGCAACAGAUCCGCAGGGAGGAACCCAACGUGCUACUGCUGGAUGCCGGCGACCAGUACCAGGGCACCAUCUGGUUCACCGUUUACAAAGGUCUCGAAGUGGCACACUUCAUGAAUACCCUGCGCUACGAUGCCAUGGCACUGGGAAACCAUGAAUUUGAUAACGGUGUGGAAGGACUGAUUGAUCCCCUCCUCAGAAAGGUCAAAUUUCCAAUUCUGAGCGCAAACAUUAAGGCACAGGGGUCACUAGCACCUCAGAUAUCCGGACUGUAUUUGCCAUAUAAAAUUCUUUCUGUCGGUGGUGAGGUUGUGGGGAUUGUUGGAUACACUUCAAAGGAGACCCCCUUCCUCUCGAAUCCAGGGACAAAUUUAGUGUUUGAAGAUGAAAUCACUGCAUUGCAACCUGAAGUAGAUAAACUAAAAACUCUAAAUGUGAACAAAAUCAUUGCACUUGGACACUCUGGUUUUGAAAUGGAUAAACUCAUUGCUCAGAAAGUGAAAGGUGUGGACAUCGUGGUGGGAGGACACUCCAACACCUUUCUUUACACAGGAAAUCCACCUUCCAAAGAAGUGCCUGCUGGGAAGUACCCAUUCAUAGUCACCUCCGAUGAUGGCCGGAAGGUUCCAGUGGUCCAGGCCUAUGCUUUUGGCAAAUACCUAGGCUAUCUGAAGGUUGAGUUUGAUGACAAAGGAAAUGUCAUCACUUCAUACGGAAAUCCCAUUCUUCUGAACAGCAGCAUCCCUGAAGAUCCAACCAUCAAAGCAGACAUUAACCAGUGGAGGAUAAAAUUAGAUAAUUAUUCUACCCAGGAACUGGGGAGAACAAUCGUCUACCUAGAUGGUACCACUCAGACAUGCCGCUUCAGAGAAUGUAACAUGGGCAACCUGAUCUGUGAUGCUAUGAUUAACAACAACCUCAGACACCCAGAUGAAAUGUUCUGGAACCAUGUGUCCAUGUGCAUUUUAAAUGGAGGUGGCAUCCGGUCCCCUAUUGAUGAGAAGAACAAUGGUACAAUCACCUGGGAGAACCUGGCUGCUGUGCUGCCCUUUGGAGGGACAUUUGACCUGGUGCAAAUAAAAGGUUCCACCCUGAAGAAGGCUUUUGAGCACAGUGUGCAUCGUUAUGGCCAGUCCACUGGGGAGUUCCUGCAAGUGGGUGGAAUCCAUGUGGUGUAUGAUCUUACCAGAAAACCCUGGAACAGAGUGGUUCAAUUAGAUGUUCUUUGCACCAAGUGUCGAGUGCCUACUUAUGAGCCUCUGGAAAUGGAUAAAGUGUAUAAAGUGAUCCUCCCCAGCUACCUGGCCAAUGGUGGGGAUGGAUUCCGGAUGAUAAAAGAUGAAUUAUUAAAACAUGACUCUGGUGACCAAGAUAUCAGUGUGGUUUCUGAAUACAUCUCAAAGAUGAAAGUAGUUUAUCCAGCAGUUGAAGGGCGGAUCAAGUUCUCUGCAGGAAGUCACCACCAGGGAACCCUUCCUUUAGUAAUUCUUUCAUUUUGUGCAGCGAUCCUUGUUUUGUACCAAUAAUAAGAAGCCUUGUCCUUGAUGUCAAACUACAU